AAACCCAUCCAGUUCGCAACAAGCGCAACAUGGAGCAGAUCUACGCGGGCCAAAGUCUCUUCAUCACAGGCGGCACAGGCUUCCUAGCCAAGACCGUGAUCGAGAAGCUGCUGCGAUGCACUCCAGAUAUCGCCAAGAUCUUUGUAUUGAUUCGUCCCCGCAAGGGUGUGGCGCCAGCUGAGCGUCUACAGAAGGAAAUCAUCGAGAGUCGCGUCUUCGAUCGACUACGAGCCGAGCGCCCCAAUGAUUUCGAGGCUUUUGCAAGGGAGAAACUACAAGCAAUUGCAGGAGACAUCACGACGCCCAAUUUGGGUCUCAGCGCAGAAGAUGCACGGCUAUUAAGGGCUUGUGUGCAGAUCUCCAUCCACUCGGCAGCUACCGUGCAGUUCGACGAGCCACUGGAAGUGGCAGUAGAGAUGAACUGUCUGGGAUCUCUCCACGUUGCAAAGUUCGUGCAGAGUUGCUCUGGUGUUCGCUGUCAUUUGCACGUCUCGACGGCCUAUGUGAACAGUAAUCGACGAGAUGCAAGGAUCUCGGAGGAGCUAUAUCCUCUGGAUUUCGAUGCCCACGACGCACUGAAAGCUGUGACAACAGCGUCGCCUAGUGAAUUGGAGCGACUGAGAGUGAAUCUAAUGGGGACAUAUCCUAACACGUACACGCUCACUAAAUCCAUGACGGAACAUUUACUGGUACGAGAGAUCGCGCCCAACUUCCCGUUGAUUAUCUACCGUCCGACAAUCAUCGGUGCGAGUUGGAAGGAGCCCAUGCCUGGCUGGACGGAUCAGAUCGCUGCGGCUGGUGCUAUCUUCUUAGCUGCGGGUAUGGGCGUGUUGACGAUGCUGCCUGGAGACCCAAGGAACGUAGCAGACAUUGUUCCCGUGGACUUGGCUGUCAACAGCAUUCUUCUCUCCAUCUGCGCAAAGAUCCACGAGCAUGAGAGCUCGCGUGUUUCUCCUGAACCUCCUUGUCCGCUGGUUAAGGGUGUUGCGAUGAACAAACCUAUGGUGGUGCAUUGCGGGACGUCAGACCCAAGACAGAAUCCUCUACGUUGGCGUGUACCAUGUGUACUGGUACCUGAGUAUUUCCGCAAGAACCCACCAGCACGUGGACUCUUCCCAGCCAAAUUUAACAUGAUCCCGACACACCAAAGCUUCCAGAUCCAGUGGUUCCUCACGUACGCACUGCCGUCGUCUGUAUACUCUACUGUCGCCAAUAAGAGCGGACAUCCGGGGCACAUUAAAAACGCAGCAAAGCUGUGGCAGCUCACAUGGCGCGCACGGAAUCUCGUGGAGCUGUUCAAGCCUUUUACCGAGAACCAGUGGAUCUUUGUUGCAGACGCUGCAGAGAAGACACUCAGACCGUACGCUACCAAAGACUUUUGGAUCGAUUCCCACGAGAUCGCGUGGGAGCGCUACGUGGUGAACUACUGCGUCGGACUGAAGAAAUAUAUGCUGCAUGAGGACGUGAUCGACGUGGAUAUUGAAGGCGUCAACCAGACGCAGCUGGCUCUGAGUACGGGGCGUAUUCUGGAAUGGGAUCCGGACCACCACGCGAUCUCGUUCCCUGGACUUCUCUCCGAUGUGGCGUGGGCAUACACGUCCAGUCGUAAGCCUGGAUACACCAAAUCUGGUCUUCUGGGUCGAGUCAUGGGUAUCACCGGGUGGAAAGAAGGCAUGAACCACGAAGCUUCACACGUCCCAAGGCCUCAUGUUGAGUCUGUCGGUGGUCUUCGCAAUAGUGUUCUCGAGUCAGACGUCGUCCGUGCAGCUAUUGAAGAGCGCGCUGUGGCUCAUGGCAUGGAUAUUGAAGACGUUGAGCGUCAAGCUGCCAGUAUACUGAGCACCAUGGCAGCACAGCUGGACUACAAGGCCGUACGGAAGUUUGGAUGGCUACUGCGAAAGGUUUGCCGGAACAUGUACGACCAGAUCCACGUAGACGAAACGGGACUCACUCGUAUCCGUGAUCUGCUGGCUGAGCGACGUGGGAGUGUCGUCCUUGUACCCACUCAUCGGUCCUAUGUUGACUUCCUGCUCAUGAGCUACGUGUUUUUCGCCUACAACAUCCCCGUUCCAUACGUUGCAGCCGGUGAAGACUUCCUGCACAUGGGUAGUCUCACUAAACUUCUUCGGGAGUCUGGCGCCUACUUCAUUCGCCGAUCUUUCUCGGACGACCCGCUCUACUCUGCUGUCUUCCGUGCUUACACUCAGUAUCUUGUGUCAAGAGGACACACGAUCGAGUUCUUUAUCGAGGGCUCACGCAGUCGGAGCGGCAAGCAGCUUCAUCCCAAGUUUGGCAUCCUCAAUACCGUCGUCGACUGUUAUCUGUCGGAGAGAGUCAAGAACCUCUACAUCGUGCCCGUGACUAUCGACUACGAGAAGCCGUUAGAAGUGCUUUUACACCAGAAUGAGCUCCUCGGAGAGGGAAAGAUUCGGGAGUCGAUCAGUGCAUUAUUCAAGUCCAUGCCUGUUGUGCGCAAGAAAUUCGGCUCCAUAUCAGUGAAAUUCGGUGUUCCUUUGGACGUCAAGCAGCACGUGGACGCAACACUUGCACGCGCUGAAGAGCAGGAAAUGUUCGUGUCCACGUCCGCCAUCGUCGAGGAUCUGGGUUAUGCCAUUACGGACGCGUUGAUUGACAACGCUACGUGUGCUAUGUCACACGUUGUGGCUGCUAUUCUACUGGUGUACCGUCAAGGAAUCUCCAAGCAAGAACUGGUGCGCCAAGCGAACUGGUUGAGACUGGAGAUCCUACGUCGUGGUGGUCGAGUCGUGGGGACUCAAGGUCGCUCUCCUACCGUCGUCGUAGACCGCGCGCUGGAACUGCUACACGAACUCGUCACCAUGCGACGUAAGGACCUCGUCGAACCUGCCAUCACCAGUCGUGAGCAAUACCCCAACAUGAUCGGUCUGGGUUAUUACCGUAACAAGCUGCUGCACUGGUUCAACCGCGAAGGUGUGCUGGCUUGUGCGUACCAAGCUCUAGACGCCUUCAACUUGCCCUCCGGAAGCUCGCAAUCAGUAUCCAGUAACUCGGAGGCUGGUGUGGAUCGUAAGGAGCUACUCGACGGCGCGUUGUUCCUGUACGAGAUGCUCACGAUGGAGUUCGUUCGCAAGGAUGACCGAGAGGCUGAUCGUGCGCAUCUCAUCCAGUCGCUGGCAGAGCUCGAGACUCGCAACGUUCUCGUCCCUGUGGCUUCUACAUCAUCACGUUUGGAAGCCGCUGACGGUGCGAUGUUGUCGCUGUUGAGUACACUCAUGUGGCCAUUCAUCGACAGCUACUGGGUCGCAGUCACGAGUCUAUUCGCUUUGCGUCCACACGGAGAAGUCAGCACUGAAGACCUACUUAAGCGUCUGCAAUGGCUCGCAGAGACCAUGUAUCACGAGAAACUCAUCAGUUUCUACGAGUCUUGUUCACGUGAGACGCUGCAGAACGCGUUGGCAUUGCUGGAGCGAUGGGGAGUCCUCUGUAGUCGCCGUCUUCCAAGCAAAGACAAGGGCAAUCGCACUGUGAACAAGCCAGCAGUGCAGCUACUGAGCUUAACGUCUCACUACGCGAAGGAUGGGGAGCUGGAACAACUCGCUCUACGUGUCUCCAAGUUUCGUAAACUACCGCCAGGCGUUCAACCAGCCACAACCAGCGAGACGGAGGUAUUGGCACGCCUACCUGCACUCUCUCGCAUGUAGAUAAAGAAGAAUUGACAAGGUUAUAAAGACUAGGCUGGCAUUCUGAUCAUAUCAAACUCAUGAGGCCUGCUUCGUGACGAUAACUACCGUCCUUUUGCCGUGUAAGACGCUUACAGGUUGCCACGGAUGCGCUCCGACACGUCGCCGAUGCUGUGGUGGGCAGCAGACCAGGCGCAGUGGAACAGACCCUCACGGUCCGUGCGCUCGUACGUGUGGCCGCCGAAGAAGUCGCGCUGAGCCUGGGUCAGGUUGGCCGGCAGACGCUCGCGACGGAACGUGUCGUAGUAGUUGAGCGAGCCCGAGAACGAGGGCGCGGGGAUGCCGCUAGCCACAGCCAGAGACACUACGCGACGCCACGAGUACU